AGUAGAAUCAGUUGAAAUGUUUGAUUUUUCCAACUUUGAUGAAACAAUUUUUCAGACAAACAAGACUUUCAGGUGUAUAGAUAGAUAUGAAGAUAUAUUACUUGAACCUGACCUGGAGAAGGAUGAAAUAUAUCUCCUGGUCCUGGUUCUAUCAGCUCCAACCCACUGGGAGGAGAGAAGGAGAGCUAGGAGUGUAUCCUGGUACCCGGAGAAUACUCCGGAGUACAGAGGAAUAGUCAAACAUGUCUUUAUCUUGGGUACAGUACAGGACCCAACUGUACAGGCUGGUUUGGAAGAGGAGAGUUCAAAGUAUGGAGAUAUUCUUCAAGUUUCAGUUCCUGACAGAUACAGGAACCUAGCGUAUAAAUCUAUAUCAGGAUUUCUCUGGGUCGCUGAUAAUUACUCACCUAGAUAUAUAGUGAAGAUUGAUGAUGAUUUGGAAAUAGAUACCUGGAAGCUAGUAAAUAUUCUUGAGGAAAAAUAUCCUAGAAAUACUAUCCCGGAUCCUAAUAUCAUUCAUUGCACUGUUUUCAGAAAUUUCAGGCCUGAACGCAGAAAAGAUUCUUUGAACAAGAAAUGGUCAGUUUCUACAGCAGAAUAUCCAAGGAAGAAAAAACUAAAGAAAUUUGUCAUUUUGUUUUGCACUAUAAAGGGAGUGACUGACUAG